CUUGAACUCGAUCAUGAACCCUCUCUCUUUAUGCUUACUGCGGAUACUUCCUCUGAUCUGUGGGCGAGGGGAGUGAAACCCUGGACAGCUUAUUUUCGCGAAGAGCGAGCACCUCCCCCUCCAGAUGAGGUGGUCAGCGAAAGCAUCCCCCCACACGAACCCUACACGAACGCGGACGCGACCAAAUUUCUUCGACGUUUCGACCCAGCCGCCCUACAACAUGUAGUUGGAAACACUACACUGAACCUAGCUUUUGUCAACACUGUCUUGCGCACCACCGGACCCGUCAUCAGUCAAGAUAACGGUGGCCUUUGGCAAUUCGUAACACCACCAGGUGCCUUUGGCCGUGGACGAACCGCGAAGCACGAAUCCAGUUAUUAUGACUGGUUCAACUGGAUCUUGUCUUAUCCUGCUGCCCACGCUGUAAACGCCGUACGCGACCGACUUUACCAAGACGGCGGAGUGCCUGUGCCACUCAAUUACAGCGAAGCGGAAAGAGUCAAUGAAACGCAUGUAGGGUCCGCUGAUAUUCUCCAUCAAUGGUAUGAAACGGGCAGCAGUACGCCAUGUACACCACACGAAUUCAAGCGCGAUAAAGCUAUGCGUGUUGACGGCCAUUCUGUUCUUGACUUCCUCUAUGAACAAGCCGGCACUAGCUCUGGAUAUGCUUUCCGAUCUUGUGCAUCACUGUCCACUCUCGGAGGCAAAGGGAAAAAUGUUUUGUGCGAGCUUAUCAAUGAGAUGAUUACCGCCGACACUGGCCAUGGUAUUAUCUGUACCCAGGAGCAGUACGCAAUGAUUCGUGUUACCGACUCAUUGCAGCUGGAAAUAAGUCCUGUUUAUGCUCUCCGCGACUCCCCUACUCAAGCAGACGACAUGGCGCUGUUGGUCCUUUUCUACGCUCAUGCCGCACUUCGCGCAGGAAAGACCUACCAGGACGCAGUGACUACGGCAAUGCGAAUCACGCUGCCCCUGUUUCCCACAUCAGUGUUCCAGCCAUAUGAGGGUGUCUUCAGAGGUGGAGUGAUCGGCCGUACAAAACUGGUCCCGAAAUUCGCUGGUUCUUGGUUCCCUCUGUCGUUGGCUUGGUUUGACGGGACCGUCCGAUUUGACAGUAACGGUAUCACUGUCGCCUAUGGACAACUCGUUUUCCUCCUUUUCCCCAGUCCUGGCUUAAUCACAAAAACCUCACAUGAUACCUCUGCGACAGAGCGCCUUGUUCACGAGUAUAAUGUUUACUCUACCUUGCAGGACCUCCAGGGCGCGGCUAUUCCAAAGGUUGUCGGGAUCUUCGAGACGAAAGACUCCGAGUCAAGGCAUACAGUACUUAUGAUGAGCUGGAUGGGCCGAGCUUUGAAGACAUUCAACGAGUUAAACCUCCAUGAAAAGACCGUACUCUUCCACCGUCUCAUUCGACUCCACAGGGCUGGUGUGCAGCACAACGACCUGGAACCCCGAAAUGUGACCAUGUCGUCUUCUGGACCAGUUAUCAUUGACUUCGACCGCGCAUCGCUGAACCACAACUGCCCUGGAGCGUUAUGCAAGGAGCUUCUCCAGGUUGCACAGGCUCUCGGCCUUGAUCCUGUGGUCGAGCUGACGGCCCUCGACGCGAAGGCGGUCGCGACAAUAAGAACAUACUUACCUUUCGUGCUUAUCCGCAAAACCACAAGUGCAAUCAAGACCAUGUUCCAUUUGUUCGUCGACGGGAUUGGAAAAAAAAACUUGGAGCAUGGAGAAUACAAUAGCAUUUCGCCGAUAUCUGAGGAUUGA